CGUAUAUAUGCGACGGCAGAAUGUUGUGUGAAUGUGAACCCCUUCAUACGAACGCUGCCACCAACAACGCGUCGACUAUGUACUUCGGGUGGAUGAAGUCUGAGUGGGACCAGAAAGAGAAAAAAGUUUUCGUAAACGCAAAGUUCAGCUAGUUCUUCCUUGGGUCGUGGUCGAGCAACAUCGAAUCGACUGAGGAAUCCGAUUCAUCUCUCGCGAUACAGAAUUACGUCGUUUUGUGUAGCACACAAGACAUAGAAAAGUGUUGGAUAUUGAUCCUUAAAAAAGGUGCAACUUAAUUAGACUCGUCCUCUGAAAGAGGACUCCGCGUCGUCAAAGUGAUACGGACAAGAAGGGGAUAUUUGACUGGAAGGAAAGUUUAAUAGAACGCAUUACUCACUCGAAACGAGACGACUGAUUCAUUUCUACAAUUAAUCAAAGUGUGGAGAUAUACACACCUCUGGAAAACUUGAGAUGGGAGGAAGUUGACAAAUUUGCUAAAAUACUGUCACCACCGUAUCAGGAAAGUUUGUCGAUCCUAAAUGAACAAAAACUGUGAACAUCGACUACUUUAAAAAUCAACGAGGAGCAGCAAAGAGUGCAACUUCUCACUUUGUAUCACUGAAGGAUUGUUUGACAGAACUUCUUUUUUUGGCAGAAGACGGUUCGAGUUUGAGCUCGUUUUUCCAUCCCGAUUGUUUGCACUCAAUUUUUCAAUUUGUAUUCUAACGAAAAAAAUAGGAGAUAGUUUGCGGCUGCAACAGGAAGGGAAUUGAAUUCCAAAUGAGAAGGGGACGGAUUGUGAUUUUACAUGUUAUUGAGAAACAUAUACAUACAUACAGAGAGACAUAAAAUUAACGAUUCGGUUUAUUAUCAUCGUUGGAAAACUGUUAUUUAUCAGUAAGUGAGGUGAUUCUGGAUAGUUCAGUGUCUUCCUUUCGUCUCAUUUCGUACUUUAAGUGGUUUGUUCCCAUCCUGUCUCUGACAUCGGGAGAAGAAUACGGAGGAGCAAGUACACAGAGUGCUUCGCGAGCAAGAUGAAAUCUGAAUGCUCGCUUCCUUCCGGAUGUUUGUGAAGCAAAGGACCACAGAGUAAAUAAAUCCUUGGCAUUUUUUGGAUGGAAAACAAAUUGCGCACCUUCAGCGCACAACCUUCCAUCCAGAGCUACCAGAAUAAGAAGGCGUUCUACGACGAGACAACAACAAAGGAACGGAAGCCAAUUCAUACAUAUUAUUGGGGUGGCCUGUACAUACAAUCAGCAGGAUCCGCUGCAUCGAUUAUUGAACGAAAAGGGUGAUGAUGACCUAAGAAUUAUUCUCGCUGUAUGUUCGCAGAAAAAAAAACUCGGUGGUAGAAAAAAAAUUCUACAAAAGUCCCCACAAUUUGACCGACUUUUUUUCCAUUAACAGAAGCACACCUAUAAUAAGCGACUGGAGUUGAGUUAUUGGUUUCCCAACGCUCGCUUUAACAUGGGACGUGAAGAAUGAGUUUUUUGGGACUAUUUAUUACAGCCAUUAAUUGAUUUUGAUCUGGAUAACUUGAUCCAACUAGGAAAAUAAAAUGAGAUAAAUUAAAGUAAAAUCAAGAAACAAGGAACAAAUCUAAAAUUCUAUAAAAUACAAACAUUCCACACAUUUGGUCGCUGGUUGGAGAAAAUUGUUGCUCGCACUUAUCAAGGAAAAGAUCGAGGUUAACGGGAAAAAAUGUGUUCCAGAAACUUUAAUGCUCCUGGGUCGCCUUUCUAUGAGGCUGGUGGCGACGGACCUACUUCGUCUUCCAAUAAAUACCGAAGUGAAGACAUCAUGAGCUGCAUAUCAGCACUGGAUGAAGUCAUUGCUGAAUUUGAUGACCCAUCUCUGUCAUACAUUUACGAAGAUGAUUGUAGUAACAAUAGUGCUCCCGGAACGCCAAGUCAAAGUCAAAUCGUGCCAUCAAGUUCAGGAGAAACAACAAAAUAUUUCUCUGGCGAAGAUCAGCUAGUCUUGAAAAAUGAGAAGGCCAAUCACGCUACUCCUCAUAAAGUCCUCAAUCAGCCUGUUUCUGAAAGCAACAGUAGCAGCAGCAACAGUAAGUCGUCUCCUCCUAGUCGUCAGAGUCAUCUUAUUCAGAUCCCAGUUUUCUCCUCGGCGAAAGCCUCCAAAGCAAGCAGUAGCAAGCAGUCUUCAAAAUCAGAAGGAACGGGAGUAUCGUCAAUCCAAAUGCAGCCCAUUUCUAAGGAGAAAGUCAUUUCCCCCUCGUCGAGUUCCACAUCAACUCCCUCAUCCCUGUCAUCUAAAUUACCGGGCAGGCCGUCAGUUGUGCCACAAACUUGCAGUGACACUAGUCCAAAUUUGAAAGUCUCAAAAUCCGGGAGCAGUAGUAACGGUGGUGGUGUAUGCGGUGGAACGUACAGCAAGGGAACGAUGAGCAGUCAAGAAAUUCUUCUUCUUCCCCGCAUUCCCUCCUGUUCUUCUGACAACAAGUCUUCCGUGGGCUCUUCUUCUUCUAGUCGAAAACACGUUCAACAAGAACCAAUUUACUCUUCCGUUGGGAAAUCCAGACCACAGCUUUCUCUUGGUAUGUACACAUCCUCAGAGCCUGAUGCUGGUGGUCACCACCACCGCCACUUGUUCCCACCUCAAGAACCUGAAGUUGAUUACAACGAUGAGACGACGCAUGAUGUGACCAGGACCAAUGCUGCUGCUGCUGCUGGUCUUUACAAUGCCAAUAACGAUCACAACCAUCAUGAAAAACCAUUCAGUUCGUCUGGUGGAAGCGGAAGACUUUCCAAAUCUUCCUCCUCAAGUGGUGCUGCUACUUCUGCUAUGGGUUGUCUUGCCUCCUCCCCUUCAACUCAACUUACCAAAGAGCUCUGGAAUUUCCCCUCUGAAAAGAAUUUGCCACGGUCACUGAGAAAAACUCGAAAUACGUGUUUUCUCGAUGAUAACUCGAUGGGUGAAAAGUCCGAGGGAAAGCUAAACAAUGAGUCUGACAGCGAAGCUCGUUCGAUUGGUGGUCACUCCUCUGCCUCUGAGGACCUGCACCCUAAUUCCAGACACCACCAUCAGCACAACAACAAUGGAAGGAAUUCAACAAAAAUGGAUGACAAACAGAAAAUUUAUGAAGAAAUUGCUGAAAUCAUUUCAUCCAACAAGGGGCAACAGCAUAAAGGAGCAGCAGCAGUAGACUCGUUCGAGAGAGCAAGUUCCAGCUCGUCCAACAGCUUUACUUUCAACAGCUUUAAUAAUAAUUCCACUUCACCGGGAGCAGAUCCACAACUGGUCAACGCACCCAUGCCCAAACCUCGAGUGAGACAGCAGAUUCCAAAGGAGGACGGACUUUCUCCCGUGAAAUAUCCACCACCACCUGGAAAGAUCCCGAAACCUAAUCCCAAACCCGUCGCUGGCACGAACCAGACUGAACCAUCUUCUCCAUUUUCUCCUUUGCAAUGUGAGAUUACUCGGACUGGAGAUGAAGUAGUCGUCGACGUGUCAAAAGCUGGGAUCUUUCACGAGACUACGAAUGAGAUGAAGCACUCUGUGAAAAAUAGCAGGCUGAAAAAUAAUAAUUUGAACAAUGGCAGCAGUCCCACGACGACGACUUCCACCACCCCAACUGCAACUGCUACUCAGAACCAUAAUAAUGGGCACAUGAUGCGAAUGAUGAUGAUGAAUCCAAGUUCGAAAAAUAACAGUACUGGAAGUGCAAGCAGCAUUAGUCGAAGUAGUUCCAGCUCUUCCGGCGGAGAUCCCAAUUACUACAGAAAGGAUAACUUGUCCAGCAGCAGUGGGGUUGUGGUCACCACUAAUUCAUCCAUCACAACGGGCAGUCCCACCCACUCUGUGAACAAUAAUAGUCUCACGCUGAACAAUAACAACAAUAACACCAACAACAAUGUGACUAUUAUCCAUUCCGAGAAAUGUGGUAGUGAAGGAGGCUCGUCUGUCUCGAUGAUGGUGAAAGCAACGCCGCAAACCAAGCAGCAACUGCAUAGUCAGAGAGGUGCUGGACAACAACAACAGCAACGUGGUCACCCUGGAAUUGGAAAGAAGGCUUCGUCCACCCCUGUCGGUGCGUGUCACCAAGUUAAACAUAUCACAGCUAAACCAACCACUACCGUUGUUCUUACGAAUGGAGUGCUUGAAGUGGAUGACGGCUAUUUGAGCAUGAUUAACAGAAAUGAAGCACCACUCUUAUGGCCAGAAGAGUUCAUUGAAAACGAAACGUUUUCACCUGACGAGCUCAAGAGGCUCUCGGUCCAUUUGCCUGAGGAAGACGAGGACGAGGACAGUUCAUCCCCUGAUUCAGAUUCUUGCUCCGAAGAGAAGGAGAUUGAACUGGAAAUUGUGGAUUAUGACAGAGAACCCUCACGUCGACAGCCGAAUCAUCAUAAUCCAUCACUCAAGUCAUCUGCUGGAUGUGGGUCCAAGGCCCGAAGACAGAUGUCGGAGAAGAAGACCGAUUAUUUCUCGGACGACUCGCUCGAAGGUGACAGAGAAGAAGACUUGGCCAAUUUUCAUCAUAAGAAAGCCCGAGGAAAGUCAUCCUCUGUCUCACCUUACCUCUAUCAUGGUGACGGUGGUGGUUAUCACAACGCAGGUAAUCUGCAUUCCACCAAUUCUACUCCAAACCACCGACCAUACUAUCGCCAACAAAUCACUGUGAACACGGCGGUGACACCCAUGGUCAGAGGUCAAGUUUCCCGAAUCCCCAAAAUGAUCAAUGGAACCAAGCCGAACAAAGGAGGAGGAAAAAGCAGCAGUCCGGACACUCCAGUGAAACUGCCCAAGAGAAAGCCAUGCUCCUUCUUCGUCUCAUUGACUGAUGAAGGGUGCUCAGAGGUAAAUUCGCCUAUUACCAACAAUAAGUCCUCCUCGCUCCCAAUGGGUGCCAAAGUUGCAGUUAGUCCGAUAAAAAGUUCAGCCGCAAAAGUAAACCAAUCUGCUACUGCAACACCUUCUUCUUCGAAUGUUCAGAUUAUUGAGAGUAAAAGUACUACAGCCGAGACUAACAACAACAGCAACCGGGGAGGCGAAGGGUUUACUAAUAACACAACAGCCCCACAAGUCAUAGUCAACAGCAACUUACCUCAACUUCGACACACUAAAUCCAUUAACACUGGCGGUCCAAGGCACUUUUCAUCUAACGUUAAUAACGCUAACAAACGCAAAAGCACGAGCGACUUGGUGACGGUAGUGGCCCUUAAUAAUAACCACGACGCUACUGACAUCCCACCAACGCAGCCCCCCACAAAUGCUACUACUGUUAAUACAGGCGGCUCUGUCAAUUCGACGAGCGUGUUUAACCGUACCUCCACCUUCCUCAUUCCUUCUCCUAUUUCUAGAACCGGACACGACGAAUUAAAUGCGAACCAAUUAAAGAGACCAAGAGACGAUGAGACCGAUAACGACGAAGACGAUUUUUCUUCAGAUUUUGACAUUCUCAGCUCCACAGACCCCGAACCUCUCGACUCUCUUCAACCCCUCAGUUUAACCGAUGUCAAUGACUUUGUCUCUGAAAUCAUGGACACGGCUCUGAGACAAGAAAUCAAACGGACUCAAAUGGUCCUUAACAAUUACCCCCCUACGGACAUUGACAGUAGUACUAACUCCCAACUAAUUGCGGACAAGUCUCAACAAGCUGUCCUGGAACAACUACCACUUGAGCACCAUCAGCGUAAUGCAACGCAGCAACCGUCAAGUCAGUCUCCCCAACAAGAAAAGAGAAAGUCGUCGUCUGUGCCAGCAGUAGCGGUGAAAAAGGAAGAGGCGACUCUCUGCUGUGAUAAUGAUGACCAGCCCGCAGUUGAAAAUCUUCCCGAAGAUCGGGAAGAGAGAGCAAGGGUGGCUCUCCAACUCGAGGCCGUUGUUUCUACUUUCCUCUCCGACAAUCAAAGUUUCCUGGGUCGAGGUGAAAGUGAAGAUGGUGAUCUGGAUGUGGACGCACAUGUUCAGCAUGUAGUCGCUGGUGGUCGUAAUGAAUGUGAUGAUAAGAACUCCUCGAAGGGAGAAGUAGUGGAAAUUUCUCACCUGAAGCCAAACCAUGGUGAAAGCUUAGAUCAUUUUAAUGACAAAAAAGAUGAGGAACAGAAAGUUGACGAAAUGAACAAAACGGACAUCAAGGUUUGCAGUGAUGCUCCACCAAUCGACAAGGAUUUCCUUCAGAAAGGAACGGUGCAACCCCUGAUGAAUUCAAUCCCAAAAUCAACCGGCAGCGGAGGAGGAGGUUGUGGCAGCAGUAACAACUCUGCAAUUCGGGAUUCUAGUCUUGUUGGAGAAGAAAAAAUUUUGGACGUGGAGGAAUCCGACGAAGAAGAGGAUUCCGCAGAAGAGCAGCCUCCAGAGUUUAUCCCAACACCUCCACCCCACUUGCUUUCUCCACCACCAAUCCCAAUUGCUCCCGUGGUUGUUUCGACAAUACCUCAACACAAGAAUCUCCAACCUGGUUUUAUCAACACCAACGGAAAUCUACACAAUCUCCACAAUUCCAAUGUACGAGAUGGGAAAGCGGCUCUCGACAUUUUGGCUGAAAGAAUCAACAACAGCAAAAAAUUCUCUAAUCCAGACGACCAGAUACAAGUGUCUCAAUUUAUCCACGACAAGAGAAACAUUUGGGCCAUGUAUGACCGUCCGUUUGAUGAAGACUUGCUGACCGUCAAUAAUCCCGGUGUACGAGGAUACGCGAGUAGAUCGCAAGAAAAUUUAAUGGAUGCAAUGACCAAGGAACGGUUUCAAAAGAGCUUCAAUUCACGUGGUCAGUCUUCCACUCUGCCGUUGAACUGUAGACCCCCGACGUCUGGUGGUCAGCGAAGAUCGAGCACGUUUCGCAACAUGUUCAGCAAAUUUAGACGAAAUAAACAACCAGCUGGACAAGUUAUUAAAGAACUCCCAGAAUACAGGGAUGAUGAAGUACAGUCAAUUACCAGUCGCGAAACUGGUCCCUCCGAGCAAGGGAAGAAGCGUGGGUUCUUUAGUCGUCUAUUCAGAAGAAGUCGCAAACACUAAAAAUGCUGUUAUUACUUAAAUAUUAAUUUAAAAUAUUCCCAAUCAUCAUCCCGUGAAUGCUUACUUUUACAUAUGAUCGACUUAAUAAUACUAUGAAAUAAUUUCGCUACCGAUUAUCGACAUAAACCAGCCACGAGUAUACGCGUUAGCUUAAACUUUCUUACAGUGUGUUCUGUUGCAAAUUGUUAUUAAAACCCGAUGAUGCAAUUAACUAGGCCACUAUAUCAUGUAAAAAAAUAAAUAUAAACCACCCACGUACCGAUUUACGGGAACAGGUAUUAGCAAAUGUAUCUAUCAGUAAUUACAUAACAUAAUAAUAAUAAUAUUACAAAAUAACAAUAAGCUAAUUAUAAUUAUGUAUGUACGUACUUAAAAUGAAUCGAGACGUUGAGAAAUAAAAGUAAAAUUCAAUCACAAA